CAUGUUGGACACUGUAGUCCUGAAGCCUGGAGCAGUGGGCCUUGGCUUGCUCGCACCCUGCAGGUGAGUCCAAAAUCCAGGACUCACGCAGAGAGGAUCCUCUACAAUAUUCACCACCAAAACAACCGAGCCUUUGCCUUGACUGACGUUUAUCUCUUGAAGAUUAACUGCCACAAUGGAUAAAUAUGAAGUCAUUAAACUCCUUGGAGAAGGAGCAUUUGGAAAAGCUUUCUUAGUGAAAGCUAAAGACAACAACAAGCACGUUGUAGUAAAAGAAAUUAAAACUGCAAAGGUGCACCAGAAAGAAAGAGAAGCUGCCCUUAAAGAAGUGACACUGAUGGACAAAAUGAAGCACCCCAACAUUGUUAAAUAUUUGGACUCAUUUGAAGAGGGGCAAAGCCUGUUUAUAGUAAUGGAAUAUUGUGAUGGUGGUGACCUGAUGCACAGAAUUAACAUGCAGCAUGGAGUUUACUUUACAGAGGAACAGGUUUUGGACUGGUUUGUGCAAAUUUGCUUAGGGCUGAAACACAUUCAUGACAGAAAGAUCCUGCACAGAGAUAUCAAAACACAGAACAUUUUCCUUUGUAAUAAAGGAGUAACUGUAAAACUUGGAGACUUUGGAAUUGCACGAAUGUUGAACAAUACCAUGGAGUUAGCACAUACACGUAUAGGAACGCCAUACUAUUUAUCCCCUGAGAUAUGUGCGAACCAACCAUACAAUAACAAAACUGAUAUUUGGUCUCUCGGAUGUGUCCUGUAUGAGUUAGCCACUCUGAAUCAUCCAUUCGAAGGCAAUAAUUUGCAUCAAUUAGUGGUGAGGAUCUGUCGAGGUCGCUAUGCCCCAGUAAAUUCCAGAUACACCUAUGACUUGAAGAUGUUAUUAGCCCAGCUGUUUAAAGUAAACCCCCGUGAUCGACCAUCCAUCAAUUCAAUUUUAAAAAGGAAGUUCUUGGAGAAGCGUAUUAGAAAAUACCUCAGUGCUGAGCUAAUAAAGGAAGAAUUUAGCCACACAGUCAUUCAUAGGAAGAAGUCGCCUGCAUCGAGACUUACAGCAGCCAGUUCACAAUCAGCUCCAAAGAUACAGAAAGCUAAAUGUGAGAUGAAGCAGCUACCAAGACCACUAAUAAAUAAAAAGCCACCACCAGAUCAUUAUGAAUGGAAAGCGUCAGCAGUGGCCAACAGACCGAAUAUCAAGCAAUUUAACAAUCUAUUAACUACAAAGCCAGCAUCUCCCAGGAUCGAAGGCCGGUAUGAACACUACCAUGGUUAUCUAGAUUACAUGGCGAGAAGACCAAAUGACCACAUACCUCCACCUGUGCCUUAUUAUAACUACCAAAUUGAAGAUUACAGACUGAAAGUGAAUCAUGAUCCACUUCAUUGGCCAUAUGCUGUGCAUGAAGAAUACAUUCAGAGAAAAUUGGAAGCACAAGAAUAUAAGAUAAAAGUAGAAAAACAAUUGGGAAUACGUCCUCGCUCAUCGGACCAUUAUGAAUAUCAAACUCUGAAUCCAGAUGUACAGGCUAGACAAUGUGCUAAGCAGCAAGCCAAGAAAAGAGGAGCAGCAGAUGAAGAAUAUUGUCAGCGACUGAAGGAAAUAAGGCAGCAAUAUCAGCAUGAAGUGAAAGAAAUUAGGGGAAAAUUGGAAAUAAAGGAGAAUCAUCCUGGUAUAUUAGCUGAGACGUAUCAUAUUGAUCGAGAAAAACCUGUAGAAAACGUGACUGAGCUUCAGGAACAAAACAAAGACAAACAGCCUCAUCAGGUCAUCGAGGAAGAUCUGAAGCAAAUGAGAUUGCAGCACCAAAUGGAAAAGAAAGCACUGGAGCUCAAGCACAAAGUAAAGGGGGGAAUAAAAUUUGAGAUAAUGUUCAAUGAAGAGUUGACUCAUGAAGAUUCCCAGCAAAAGGAGGAGCUGGAUAUGUUAAAUCAAACACUGACACAUGAACAAGGAGAUAUCCUUAAACAGAAGAAAUGGCACUUCACUGAGGCAGGAAAUAUUCUUGAAGAUCUUGCAAACAAAACGUUAGAAGUAACAUCUUCUCAAAUGGAAGCUACCUCCAAAUCCGAUGAGGUUAUGGUGAUGAAUGCAGAUACUCCUAAAAACAGAAGUCAUUGGGAACAAAAACCACCAGAUACUUUGCUGAAUGCACUACAGGCUGCUCAACUAUCGUCUGUUUGUCAGACCAUGAGUGAAAAUCAUAUUGAUGACACAAUGACUACUUUGAAACCAACUGAAGAGAAUAAUGAUCUCAAAUCAAAUACUGCCUCUGAAAUAGAAUUCGAUAAGGCAAGACUGGAACCUAGAUCUGAUGAUGAUGACACAAAUUUUGAAGAAUCAGAAGAUGAACUCGCAGAGCAGCUGGUAGAGUCUUUGCAAGAUCUAGUUCAUCCAGAAGAGAAAAUACAAGGUGGUGACGAGACAGAAAUCAGCCAAAGAAUAUCCAAUAAAGAAGGGGAACAGGGGAAUGAAGGCCACGAGGAAAUACUUGGUUCUGAUUCUCCGAGAAAGCCUGAGGAAUCCUUUGAUGAAAGAAACAUAGGUGCACAUCCAGACAGGGAUUAUACAGAACAAAAUGGGACAACUGCCAGAGAAUGAUACAAACAGUUAAUGUGAUGGUCUCACAGCUGAUAAACUACCUGAAGUCAGUUGAAACACAAGCACGCAGUUCUGUCUAAAUCUAUACUUGUGUUUCAAAGAAAAACUUCAGUGAAAAUGCUUUGCUGAACGUGUUAGCUUGGCAUCUUCUGAUCCAUUAAUUACAACAUUCAAGGCAACCAACUGCGCAAGUAGUUAUUGUUAUUCAGCAAGGAUAUAAUCCUGCUAACUUGUAUAGUCUUUAUAGUCAAUAAUAAAAGUCAGUAAAAAUUA